UAUUAUUAUUAUACUUUUCAAAGGGACCAAACUUCAUCUGGCACAUGGACUCCUACGACAAACUUAGACCAUAUGGAAUAUGCAUCAACGCAAGUAUUGAUGGGUUUUCAAGAAAAAUAAUCUGGCUUAAUGCUUACACAACAAGUAGUAAUCCAAAGGUGAUCGGGGGGUAUUACAUCGAAGCGGUGCAGCGUUUAAAUGGCUGCCCUAGAGUUGUACGUGGUGAUCUUGGAACCGAAAAUGGCCAUGUGAGAAGUUUCCAGCGUUUCCUUGUACCAACGGAACCAAACGAGACCCUUGACAGUUACCUGGAAGGAGCAAGUACAGCUAAUCAAAGAAUUGAAUAUUGGUGGCGUUUCCUUCGUAACCAGUGUGUGGAGUUCUGGUUGUCCCUUUUUGGAGACAUCAGAGACAACGGUUACUUUGAUGGUGGAUUUUUAGACAAAAACCUUCUUCAGUUUUGCUGCAUGGGGAUCAUACAGGAUGAGCUGGAUGAUACUGCCCAGGUUUGGAAUGCACACUCCAUCAGGCCAUCAAACAACAGAAAUGUCCCCAGUGGUCGACCCAAUGUGAUGUAUGCAUUACCUGAGCUCUACAGGACAAGAGACUUUCUUUGCCUUGUUGAAGAGGAACAUGUUGAAGUAUGCAAAAAUGAGUGCAUUUCUCGACUGACCAAACCAUGUGAUCCAGAUGUCUUUGACCUCUGCAACAUCCUUAUGGCAGAGUCCCAUCUGACCUUACCCACAGACGCUUACCAGGCUUUGAACUUGUAUAUGCAUCUAAGAGAGGCAAUCAUUGCAUCACUUUAAAAUGUGCUGACUGCAAGCAAGAACAUUUUUCAGCACCUUUACAAGCCCACUUAGAAUGGCAUGCAGAUGUAAACAAACUGUGUUUCUUUUCUUUCAAAAGUAUUUCAUUAUGUUCUCUAGAAGGGACAAUGAAGAAAUGUAUUGUUCAUUUGAGUUUCAUGAACUGCCAGUUUAUUCAACUGCUUCUAACCAUUUUGUAAAUAUGCAAUAUCUGUUUCAGAUCAAAAUAAACUCUGUGAAAGCAAAUAUUUACUUGUCAAACAAAGAUAAACAUAAAAGGAAAAUAAGGGUAUUUAGUAUAAAUAAUAUUUAUCUGAAAAUGUAAUUCUGUGAUCAAAACAAAAUGCUUCUUUUAAGUGAUAAACUCUGUCCUGCCAUUCUAUUUUUAAAAUAAAUGUUGCAUUAAUUAACUUUUUAAAAUUUGAAAUGCUAUAAAAAAAGG